AUGGCUGUGGACGGACAACGUUUCAUGACCAAAACGCAACAUUAUCGUAAGGUCACAAAACCACUGCUGGAGCGUAAGCGACGCGCACGCAUGAAUCUCUACUUGGACGAACUGAAAGAUCUCAUUGUGGAUACCAUGGAAGCACAAGGGGAACACAUUGCCAAAUUGGAGAAGGCUGACAUACUGGAGCUGACGGUCAACUACUUGCGCACACACAAACACGAAAUUGCCGCCAGCGUUGCACAACAUCAAGCAGCAGUUAGCGGUUCAGCAGGACGCGGCAUUAAUGUGGAGAAAUUUCGCGCCGGUUACACGCAAGCUGCAUAUGAAGUGUCGCGCGUGUUCGCCACUGUGCCUGGAUUGGAUGUGAAAUUCGGUACGAAUCUUAUGAAACAUUUGGGUUAUCAGUUGAAGGAUUUGCAACCACCACCACCACCACCGCCUUCCGAGUCACCGACCAGUGAUGAAGCACUUAAUUUGGAGGUGGUCAAGCGUGCUGCAACAUCACCGAUGGCGGAAUUUUCGGAUACUAAGCAUAUGAGGCGCGACUUGCAACAACAACAAAUGGUUGGAAAUAUGCAACAGAUGAAGGGCGCGGACGCAGAGGUUGGCGGUGAGUGUUUGUGGCGUCCAUGGUAG